AUGUCUGGCGAUGAAUCGGCCGAAGCGGUGCAAAACUCGGCGGAAAAUUUGAACCAGCCGGACGUUGAUCAACCCAAAUCACGAUGCCGGCCCGUGCCCAAUGGCUUCUUAUUCUUUGUGCGUGAAUGUUUCGCGGAACACAGUCGGCUUCAGCCCGAGAACGUAAUGGACGUGGGUAGUAUGGCCAAGCAAUUGGCAUUGCGCUGGAAGGCUCUACAACCAGAGCUAAAAGCAUCCUACGCGUCGAAGGCCAGGGUGCGGGUAGUACACCACAAAGAAGCGGAGAAGCCCGUUCCUGCCGAAACUCUACAGCCUCCACCAAAGCCACCCGGGAAACCGAUUCAUGUGACGCCGUUUCAAGUAUUCGUCAGCCAAAUUCAAGAAACUGUUCGGCGAGAGAUGCCGCGGUGGACCACCGCCAAGGAAUUCAUCAAGGAAUGUCAAAGCAGAUGGGUUGCACUGGAAUAUCGUGCGCGUCGCGGAUAUAUCGAAAUGGCAUUGGAAAUCAAAAGGAAGCAAGAAAUGGAGCGUGAGGAAACGGACGAAUGUGAGCCUGCAUCAUCAAAGGCUGAGGACAAAUCUGAUUCUCCUCCUAUCACUAUC